AUGGCUCCUUUAGCUGAACCUGCAGCAGAGCUGUCACAUCUCGCCAAAGCUGACGGCUCUGCGACGUUCUCAUACGGGGGAUAUGCCGUGAUAGCCGCUGUCAAUGGCCCUGUAGAAGCCCAAAGACGAGAUGAGAAUGCCUUCGAGGCUCUAGUGGACGUCAUUGUUCGUCCUGCCGCUGGCGUUGGAGGCACCCGUGAGAGACAGCUUGAGUCAAUCAUGCAGGCAGCGAUCAGGCAACUCAUCCCUGUGAGAGACUAUCCUCGGUGUGUGAUCCAGAUCACUCUUCAGGUUGCGGAGACACCUGAGAAUGCCUACGUCAACGCAAAACUGGUCCAGGCACAGUUGAAUCUCCCUAUCAUUCCUGCACUUCUUCACUCUGCCAUCCUGGGACUCCUCAGCGCUGCCAUCCCUCUGAAGAGUAUUGGCGCGGCGACCCUUCUUGCUAUUCCAGAAGAGGAGGGCAAGGACAUCAUCGUCGAUCCAAGCGCUGUCGAUAUUGAUCAUGCUAAGUCGGUUCACGUUCUCGGUUUCACUUCUCAUGAUGAGUUGCUCUUGUCGGAGAGCGAGGGCGCCUUCACUCCCGCCGAAUGGACCAAUGUUCUUCAGCUUGGACAACGUAUAUGCUGCGAGCAUCAACAGCCUGGUUUCGAUACAACCAUGUCCGGCGAUGACAUGGAGUCAAGAAGCAUGAAACAGUUCAUCCGCUCUGUCAUGGAAGCGAAGGUGGCGGAGGAUCUCUACUGGAAAUGACACACCAAACCAUGUGCAUGAUAUCCCGCGCUCGGUAUUUCCAACAUGCUUCUCCCGCCAAGAUGAUAAUCAAACUCUCGUCUAGGCGCCCAGCCUCGGCUGGCUUACCAACCUGAUCAAUCUCAGCGUCAGCACGUGGCGAAGGCUUACCGCAUUUUGAGGCCAACCUCAAUCCUGAGAAAGAGGGUCAAACCCUCAACGAUCAAAACGACCAUUGUACUAGUGUUAAAACCGCCAAGCAUAGUUGGCAGAGUCUCGGGACUUUCUGAUCCGGGCAGCUAUCGGAUAAGCUCUGGAUAUAGCGGCUCCUCAGUGGACAAGUUCCUGGUUCUGUGUUUCACCACGGCAUCAGAAAUUGUAUGGGCGGUCUCAGGCCGAUUUGGGGGUCGAAUCUGUUUACGAAGGAUCAAAGAUACCAUUGAAUUUCGCAACAUUUUUGAGUUCACAUUCUCACGAUCGUAUUUUAC